CGCCGUACGACGCGCGCAGUUCCCAUGAGCUUAUCUUUUUUUUUUUUUUGCUUCUGCAGGUUUUGUCCGUGCGGUGAUCCGGCUGGUUUGGAGGAAAGAAAAAUGCCGCCUGGGCAGACGAGGAGAGAAGGUGAGCGGGUCCCCGGCUCACGCGCGUGCGCGCGCUCUCCCGUCAUUGGUUGUGACGUCACGAGCAUCCGCUCUCUCUCUCUCUUCUCAUCCUCCUCUCUGGUUUCGGAGCUCAGGGUUGCCCUCCCGAAAAGGGAAAAAGCGAGAGUGGCCUCCGGGCGAAGUCACACCUUCCUUCGGAUUCGAUUGCGCAGCAGGCUCGGCGUUGAAACAUGGAAGCCCUGCUGCCCAGCCCGGCCUCGAGCGAGGAGAUGGUGUCUUCGGCUUACUACGGCCACCAACUGGCCGCUGCGUGGUCGGCGACGCCUCUGUCAUCGUUGCCUGGAUUUUGUUCGAGCCAUGGAACCCGUGGUUUCAACCCGGAAACGCCAUCACCGGACAACUCUUCCAGUUGGGAGUCACAGCUCGAGUCUGACUCUCCAACCAGAGAGGCCGUCAGGACGGUGGCUGACCUUGUUCCCGUCAAGGGUCCCUUCGUCGCCGCUGGCAUCGCAAGCAGUGACGUUGAUCCUGCCGCCGUCGUGGUCUCUUCUACGUCAGCGGCAGCCGCCGGUUCUGGCUCUUGCGAUGGCGUCAAGGCCGUUCCUUCGCACCGGGAGAAGCCGCCGCACCUUGUGGCCCGCAGGAAUGCCAGAGAGCGACGCAGAGUGCAGGCAGUGAACAACGCCUUCUGCAGGCUACGGAAGUGCGUGCCGGUCGAGAACAGGGCCAAGAGACUGUCAAAGGUCAAAACAUUGCACAAGGCAAUCGAGUACAUAUAUGCUCUUCAGGACCUUCUCGACCAAGCCGACGAAGAAGCUGGAGCACCAGCGGUAGCAGCACCGAGCAUGGCAGAGGUUGAAGAGAUACGCAAGAAUGAACACUCAGUUAUGAAACAGAAAGGAAACGAACCACCCUGUGACCAACAACGCUGGAUCAAUCUCGAAAAUGUUGAUCGAGGCACAGAGAGUUACCAAGGAUUCGUCAACUUCUACGAACAGUUUCCAACAACGUAUGCAACCUGAAUGCAGUGUGUACGAAGGGUGGAAUUCAAGUUGGCGGUGACGCUGAUGGGCAGACGAAGUGAUAUAUGUGCAUUAUACGGUUCAAGCGAGCUACGAAAGUAGGAAUGCACUAGGAAAGAAGCACAGCUUCAUUCUGCAAUACGCUGCGACCAUCAGGGAUGCAUUCAUGGCGCCUUGAGGAUCAUCUGCUGCUGCGUCCAAUUCACUCAUCCAUGCAAAGCAGGACAUCAGGCUUGAAUGCGACAUGAUGCAGUUGCUUUGCUGAACUUGGUGGUCCUCAUUUCAAUAUUGGAAAGCUGGUGAUACGGAACUCACACCAUUGCCAGUGCUCCAGGCGAAUACCGUUGCCACACGGGCUGUGGAUACAUGUUCCUGGUGCAAAAGUUUAAGAUGGAUGCGGAUAAAGUUGCGAGAAGGACACACGAAGGCCAGGAACAGGGGAUAUUAAAUAAUGUAUCAAAUUUUCGCACAGCUGUAUUGUAUGGAAAUAAAAAAAAUAACGUUAU